CUGUAUCUUGUUGGAGGAUCUUUUGGACUCCGUGAAUUUGCUCAAAUAAGAUACGAUGUCCACAAGCUACAUGGCAAGGUUGAUCCAUCUUUGAAAGAAAAAUUAAAACAGAAUACUGUGACACUGGAAUCUGAAUAUGAGAAGCUGGAAAAGUCUGUCUUAGAUAACUGGGAGAACAUCAGAGGACCCAGUCUGUGGGAAGAUUCCAGGACUGUUCAGAAGCAACGUCGGGAGGCUGCCCGUCUCAAGACAGAGUGA